AUGACUCGCUUGACAGCAGUCAUCUCUUCUGUCCUUCUCCUAUCCACUGACACAGUACUUGGUGCUACCACCCGUGAGAAGACUCUGACUGGAACUUACGACUACAUUAUCGUUGGAGGCGGUGUAUCAGGUCUAGUUGUUGCUAACAGACUGUCUGAGAAAUCUCAAAAGACUGUUCUUGUCGUCGAAUAUGGCGACUUCGAUAAUUCCACUCAGACCCUUUGGCCUUACUACGGUACCAGUUACAAUGACCCUGAUAUGUUCGAGAUCAAUUCUGUUCCUCAGGAGCACCUUGGCAAUCAGUCUUUCGUCGCCUAUGCUGGCAAAGUCCUCGGAGGUGGUUCCAUCGUGAACGGUAUGGGCUAUGACCGCGGUACCCAACCUGAUUAUGAUGCUUGGGGCGAGCUCGGUAACGAUGGUUGGAGCUGGGACAACCUGUUGACCUAUUUCAAGAAGAGCAGCACCUUCACCCCCAACAACAAGGAGACUAUUGAUAAGUACAACUACACCUAUGAUCUCUCAGCCUACGGAGAUGGACCUGUUCAAGUCUCAUUGCCUGAGUGGCAAUACCCUGAGAUGCCUGCCUUCUGGAACGCCAUGGAUGAGAUGAAGAUCAACAAGGUGCAAGAAGGUGCUCUUGGCGAACCUGGAUACUUCUGGGUCCCUGCCACUACCGAUGCCAAGUACCAGACAAGGUCGUCCGCUCGUACUGCUUACUAUGAUCCUAUUGCUUCUCGUUCCAAUCUCAAAGUUGUUACAGGUGUCCAGGCACAGGAGAUCGUCUUCUCCACUCUGACUGCCAAGGGUAUCAAGCUGCUUGAUAAGACUACUGGCAAGACCUACACUGCAUACGCCGAUAUGGAGCUCGUCCUCGCCGCCGGUGCCAUUCAUACUCCCCAAAUCUUACAGCUGAGUGGAAUUGGCCCUGCUAGCGUUCUCAAGGCCGCAGGUGUCGAUGUCAAGGUCGACCUCCCUGGUGUGGGAAACAACUUCCAGGAUCACGCAGCCGCAUACUUGAUGUGGGAGUUCCAAAACGACACAACCAUCAACACGAACUCUUUGAGCACCAACGCCACGUUCAAUGCUACUUCUUACGACGAGUAUGUCGCCAACAAGACCGGCCCAUACACUCAAGCUCACGGCAACGGUGCUGCAUUCCUGCCGCUUUCCAAGAUUGCGCCGGAGACAUACAAGACGAUUGCUCAGAAGCUCGCAGCUCAGAAUGCCACCGACUACCUUCCUGAGAUGUACUCAAAGUACCCAGAACUGGUUGCUGGUUACGAAGCUCAACGCAAGAUCCAGGUCGAGCAAUUUUCUUCUGACGAUGCCUCAAUGUACGAGUUUUCGACCCAGGGUGGUGGUUUUGCAAUCGCUGCUCUCCAGAAGCCUACCAGCCGUGGUACAGUUUAUCUGGAUCCUAAGAAUCCUCACGGCGAACCACUCAUCGACUACCACGGUCUCGAGAACCCUGUCGAUAUGGAUCUUGUGCUUGCCAGUAUCCGUUACACUCGCCAGAUUUACAACACUUCUGCACUCUCCGUCUUUGAGCCUGUUGAGCUCACUCCCGGCGUCGACAUCCAGACAGAUGACGAGCUCAAGGCAAAGAUCGAGUCCGGUCUCGUUCUCCCGACCUUUGCUCAUCCCGCUUCUACCUGUGCCAUGAUGCCCAGAAACUUGGGCGGUGUGGUCGAUGCUGGUCUUCAAGUCUAUGGCGUCAAGAAGGUUACCAUCAUCGAUGCUUCCAUUAUGCCUCUUAUCCCAGGUACCCAUUUGCAGGCAACGGUCUAUGCCAUCGCCGAGAAGGCUGCCGACAUUAUCAAGGCCAGACACGGCGUCAAAUGA